UGUUAUUUCGAUAGUGGUUGUGUCCGUUUCAAAUGUAUUAUUACCGACUCAGAUUAAGUCUGAGGCCAGUAAUAUCAACAGUGAGGACAAACCCAGCCUGCCACUCUCCUUCCACACUGAGUAGAAACCUACAGUCACUGGGUCCUGAUUGUGACAGUGGAGCCCAGUUUGCCUUGCAGGAUCCAGAGAUGGCAUCAGUGAAUCUGGAAGACUGCAGUCAAACACUGGAGCUGAAUGUCAACAUUAAAGAUGAAGAAGAGGAGGAGAAGAUUAGGACAAUUGUUAGUCAUGGAUACCAUGUUGAGACAUUCUCCACACCCAGAGAGCAACAGCAGGAAGAUCAGAGAGCUAAGAGGUCUCAUCACUGCCCACAAUGUGAAGAGAUUUUCCCAUUUCUAUCAAAGCUAAAAAUACACCUAAAAAUACACACAGGAGAGAAGCCUUUCUUCUGCCCUGACUGUGGAACUCGUUUCUCUCAGGUUUCUCACUUGAAAUCACAUGAACGUAUACAUACAGGAGAGAAGCCUUUCUUCUGCUCUGACUGUGGGGCGAGUUUCUCUCAGCUGGGCACCUUAAAAACACACCAACGUAUACACACAGGAGCGAAGCCUUAUUCCUGCUCUGACUGUGGAAAAUGUUUUAAAACUUCAAAUGAGCAAAAACGUCAUCAGACAACACACACAGGAGAGAAGCCUUUCUUCUGCCCUGACUGUGGAACUAGUUUCUCUCAGCUUUCCUACUUAAAAUCACAUGAACGUAUACAUACAGGGGAGAAGCCAUACUCCUGCUCUGACUGUGGGAAAUGUUUUAAAACAUUAUAUGAGCUAAAAGUUCAUCAGAGAACACACACAGGAGAGAAGUCUUACGUCUGCUCUGACUGUGGAAAAUGCUUCACAACAUCAACAUAUCUAAAAGUUCAUCAGAGAACACACACAGGAGAGAAGCCUUAUUACUGCUCUGACUGUGGAAAACGUUUUAAAACAUCAAAUGAGCUAAAAGUUCACCAGAGAACACACACAGGAGAGAAGCCUUACGUCUGCUCUGACUGUGGGGCGAGUUUCUCUCACCAGAGCAACUUAAAAACACACCAACAUAUACACACUGGUGAGAAGCCUUAUGUCUGCUCUGACUGUGGGGUUAGUUUCUCUCGACUGGAUACCUUAAAAAGACACCAACGUAUCCAUACAGGAGAAAAACCUUACUACUGCCCUGACUGUGGGGAGAGAUUCUCUCAAAAGACCAACUUAAAAGUUCACCAGAGAACACACACAGGAGAGAAGCCUUACUUCUGCUCUGAUUGUGGGAAGAGUUUCUCCCAAUCGGGUACCUUGAAAUCACAUGAACGUAUACAUACAGGAGAGAAGCCUUACUCCUGCUCUGACUGUGGAAAACGUUUUAAAACAUCAACUGAGCUAAAAGUUCACCAGAGAACACACACAGGAGACAAGCCGUAUUUCUGCUCUGAGUGUGGAACUAGUUUCUCUAAAUUUUCCAUCUUAAAAACACAUGAACGUAUACAUACAGGAGAGAAGCCUUAAGUCUGCUCUGACUGUGGAAAAUACUUCACAACAUCAACUCAUCUAAAAGUCCAUCAGAGAACACACACAGGGGUGAAGCCAUACUCCUGCUCUGACUGUGGAAAACGUUUUAAAACAUCAAAUGAGCUAAAAGUUCACCAGAGAACACACACAGGAGAGAAGCCUUACUUCUGCUCUGACUGUGGGAAGAGUUUCUCUCACCAGAGCAACUUAAAAACACACCAACGUAUACAUUAACUUCAUGUGGGUACCUGGGACGGUUGCGUCCCACCUGGUCAACAUCCGGUGAAAUUGCAGAGUGACCAAUUCAAAUUGAAUUACUAUAAAUAUUUACAUUUCAUGAAAUCACAAGUGUAAUACAUCAAAAUAGAGCUUAACUUGUUAAUCUAGCCGCCAUGUCAGAUUUCAAAAAGGCUUUAAGGCGAAAGCAAACCAUGCGAUUAUCUGAGGACGGCACUCACCACACAAAACAUUACAUACAGUUACCAGCCAAGUAGACUCGUCACGAAAGUCAGAAAUAUGAUGAUCUUCAUAUGGUUGCACUCACAACACUCCCAGUUACACAAUAAAUGUUCAUUUUGUUCGAUAAAGUCCCUCUUUAUAUCUUGAAACCUCCAUUUUGUUGGCAUAUUUUGUUCUGUAAUCCAAUGGCUCAAAUGCGGUCACAAGAGGCAGACGAAAAUUCCAAAUAGUAUCCGUAAAGUUUGUAGAAACAUGUAAAACGAUGUUUAUAAUCAAUCCUCAGGUUGUUUUUAGCCUAAAUAAUAGAUUAUAUUUCAACUGGAAACAGCCUCAUCAAUAUAAAAGAACAACAAGAAAGGUGCGCUCUGCAGGACCCAGCUCUGGGGACAUCCCACUAUCCACUGACUCAAUGUGGUCAUUCUCCCUCAUUCUUCAGAAUACAAGCCUGAAACAAUGUCUAAAGAAUGUUCACAUCUAGUGUUAGCCAUAGGGAACGGAAUCUGGGUCUUAUCCCUUUAAAUGGUGGAUAGGCUUUCAUUGGAAAAACAGCCAUUUCAAAAUAAUGGCACUUCCUGGAUGAAUUUUCCUCAUGUUUUUGCCUGCCUUUUCAGUUCUGUUAUACUCACAGACAAUAUUUUUUAAGUUUUAGAAACUUUGGAGUGUUGUCUUCUUUCCAUUUCUACUAAUUGUAUGCAUUUCCUAGCUUCUGGUCCUGAGUAGCAGGCAGUUUACUUUGGGAACGCUUUUAAUCCGGAGGUGAAAAUAGUGACCCCUACCCUAGUGAGGUUAAGGAGAAAAGCCUCAUCGGUUCUCUGACCAGCUAAGAAUAAAGUCACUCCAUCACUUAAUUCUCAUCUCAUAAAAGAAGUUGUAAUUGGAUCAAAUGAAGAAAGCAUAGAACACUGUAGAACACUGUAAUCCUAUUGGUUCUCACUGUGAGAGAACUGUGCAGAGGAAAGGUAGCGUAAUAGAAUUUUAGCCUCUCUUUACUUUGCACCUUGUCAGUUUUGGUGUGUUUUGUUGGCUUCUACUGUAAAGAUUUGCACUUGGUGUUGAAUACCCUCUGUUAUUCUUCUCAUUUUGAAAACAAACACUAGUCUGCCAAUUGCCUGGGUGGUACUGCUUCCCUCUCAGCCUGGUCUGUCUCUGUCUGUAGGGAGAGUUUCAACUGGGCAGCUUAAAAACACACCAACGUUUACAUGUAGGAGAGAAGCCUUACUCCUGCUCUGUGGAAGGGUGGGCGUGUAAACUCAAACGUCAUGCCAAAGGUUGAGUGUUUGAAUCUCAUCAUGGAGGACUUUAACAUUUUAGCUAAUUACCAACUUGGCAACUACUUACUACUAUUACUUAGCAUGUUAACUACCCUUUCUCCUAAAUCCAUUUAACUCUAUCUUAAACCCCUCACCCCUAACCAAGCUAACGUCAGCAACAACAAAUUGGAAUUCGUAACAUAUCUUACAUAUUACAAGUUCGUAACAUAUUGUAUGAAUAGCAAUGCGUAAAAUAACAUACGAUACGUCCUGCAAGUCGUAUUAUACUGAACAACAAUCUAAACGUAACAAUUUCAAAAAUUUACAGUUUGUAUAAGGAAAUCAGUCAAAUGAAAUAAAUGAGGCCCUAAUCUAUGGAUUUCACAUGACUGGGCAGGGGCUGUGAAAUCCAUACUGAAUGGAGUGGCACGGAUGUUUUUGUAAUACAUAAUACGUUUUGCUCAGAGACCAGGUUGUCCCUCUGCAGUAUUCUGUGUGAAGGAGCAAGUAGACACUUUUUUAAUUGAACCUUUAUUUAACUAGGCAAGUCAGUUAAGAACAAAUUCAUGUUUACAAUGAUGGCCUAGGACCAGUGGGUUAACUGCCUUGUUCAGAGGCAGAACAACAGAUUUUUACCUUGUCAGCUCAGGGAUUUGAUCUUGCAACCUUUUGAUUACUGGCCCAACGCUCUAACCACUAGGCUACCUUCCGCCCCUAACAUGUAUCAGAUAGAGAUGGUGUGAUGAUCACUUUUCACCAUUAGUUUGGGGGGAUGAUUUUACAACUGUAUUUAAUGAUACACAGUUUAUGAAAUGAAUACAUGUUUAUUAAUAGUCUUUAAAACUAGAUGAGUUAUUUUAGUUACUGAUCAUGAUUGUGUUGGAUAACUGCAUUGAAGCAAACUUUAUUGAUCUGCCAAUGAGAAAUAAAGUUACAUGAAUAUG